AUGAUGUCCGAUAACGAAAGUUUCCGCUCAGUCUCACCAUCCAGAGAAAUUCUCCAUAGAGCUGCUAAUACGGGUCAAGUGUUGAAUGAUCACCGAAACCAAUUACCAUCGUUGCCUAUUCGUGGGACUGGUGGUGGUAUGGGGCAGUCAUCAGCAGUAAGCGAUGACGACGAUGACGAUUAUCAAUCGUCACGGUCUAUGCAAGAUGCGCAGCAGCAGCAACAGCAACAACCCCAGCCAUUUCAUCCACAGUUACAAGGUAGUAGAAGUGUCGAUGAAAGCCAGUUUCCAAGGGCGAAGCAACCAGGUCCAUCGCAACCGUAUAGAAGUACCAAAAAUGCGCAUAUGAAUAACUUGAGAAGAGACUUCUAUUUGAAGAAUGACGAAUACGACAAUGAGCGUUUCUAUGUUCCGAGUCAGAAUCCACAACCACUGCAAAGUUCUUCGAUUCCAGUACGUAGAGGCGCAGGUGGGAUGGCUGCUGCACCUAAACAGAGUAAAGGGCGUUUCAGAUCACAUUCAUUUUCAGGACAAGCUAAAUCUGAUGGCCAGGAGGAGUUUAGAAGACACCAAUCGAUCGCGGCUGCACCUCCGUUCGGAGGAAUUUUGAUGAGACCUGAUAAUCUAUCUUCUAAAAAGACUAAAAGAAGCAACUCAACGGUCAAUGAUACGUUAGAGACGGAUCUUGCUGCGCCAAUGACGAAAUUGAAGACAAACGAGAGUGUGACUUCUGAAGCUCAAAAUAACAAUAAAAGAGAAAGAAGACCAUCACGUACUUCCAUAGAUAGCGAGGCUGAUUCGCAUGCGUCAAGGUCUUCACAAGAGACAGAAGAAGAUGUUUGCUUUCCUAUGUUGCGUGAACACGUUCGUGUUAAGGGUAUUGAUUUUGAUGAAAUUGAAGAGUUUAUUAGAGAUGAGAGAGAGAAUGAAAUGCUUGUAAAAGAACAACAGCAGAUGAUCGCAGAAAGAACAGCCAUGAGGGUUGAUACUGGACACGGGAGUGCGCGCGAUGUAGGUCCCAGUAAAAAUGCCUUGAAGUAUACUCCAUCAAACAUAUUAGGAAAAGCCACCUUCGGAAAGUUUGGUAAAAAGAAUACCUAUACAGGUGACAAUAUGUCUUCAUCUGGUAUUAAUAUUUCGGAGAGGGCGCAUUCAGAUUCUUCUACCGUUACAGAUGAGUCUGCCUCUAGGAGAUACAACGAAAAGACUUUGGGAGACGAGGAUACUUCGAGUGAAAAUGUUAAGUUUGGUGGUGCAAGAAUCAACGAUAGUGAUUCUGUAUUACCUGAAAGGUUUUCAUUCUUCUGUUCCGAAUCCGAAGAAACGAUUCAUGCUCCUGAUAUUCCUUCAUUGGUCAAACCUGGACAGAGUGUAAGCGAUUUGUUUAGAAAUGGUGAAGGUACAUGGUGGCUUGAUUGUGUUUGCCCUACUGAUGCUGAAAUGAAAAUGGUAGCUAAAGCAUUUGGCAUCCAUCCCUUGACAGCUGAAGAUAUUCGUAUGCAAGAAACCCGUGAAAAAGUGGAAUUAUUCAGAAACUAUUAUUUUGUGUGUUUCCAUACUUUUGAAGGUGACCAGGAAUCGGAAGAUUACUUGGAGCCGAUUAACUUUUAUAUCGUUGUUUUCAGAGAGGGUGUAUUAUCGUUUCAUUUUUCACCUAUUUUACACCCUGCCAAUGUGAGAAGAAGAGUCCGUCAAUUAAGAGAUUACGUUGAUGUCAGUGCUGAUUGGAUCUGUUAUGCAUUAAUUGAUGACAUUACAGAUGGAUUUGCCCCAGUUAUUACUGAUGUCGAAUACGAAGCCGAUGCAAUCGAAGAUUCUGUAUUUGCUACUAAAGAAGUUGGUUUUAGUAGCAUGAUUCGAAGAAUUGGUGAAUCGAGAAGAAAGGUAAUGACCUUGAUGAGAUUAUUGUCAGGAAAAGCAGACGUUAUUAAAAUGUUUGCUAAGAGAUGUCAAGACGAGGCUGCCAAUAGCCAAAUAAAUAUAUUCCAAGCACAUCCCAACAUUAAUGGAAUGGGUAAUUAUUAUUCACAAACAAGUGGACAUACUGCACAAGGCCAUACAUAUAAUGGAUCAUACACACAUAGUCACGAUAACGAAAGCCCUUACCCACAGGGUUAUAAUAAUAAUUCAAAUUCGCAGGGAUAUAAUCAAGGCGGCCCAGGUGUGACGUUUGGCCCUGGCCCUGGCCCUGGUACAUCCAACAAUAUGAUUGAUCCGGGUGCAAUUUAUAUGAAGACUCAGCCAGAUAGAACUCAACCAAGGGCUGACAUAGCGCUAUACUUGGGUGAUAUUCAAGAUCACGUCGUCACUAUGUUCCAAAAUUUAGUGGCGUACGAAAAAAUUUUUAGCAGAUCUCAUUCUAACUAUUUGGCGCAAUUACAGGUUGAAUCCUUCAAUUCUAAUUAUAACGUGACUGCUAUGUUGUCUAAUGUCACGAUGAUAGGUACAGUCUUCUUCCCAUUGAAUUUGAUUACCGGGUUAUUCGGUAUGAACGUUAUUGUUCCAGGUCAAGGUGAGGAUAACCCAGGCCUUGGCUGGUUUUUCGGUAUUUUUGGGGUUAUGUGUGCUAUAGUUAUUCUAGCUGUAAUUGGUGCGCGUGUUUGGAUCCUGAGAGUUACCAGAAAAACGCCAUUUGAUGAGGAAAACACAAAAAAAUCCAUUAAAAGCUAUGGAUUAAAGACGAGGACAAAAGAAGCUGCAAAAUCGAUUAUCAGCUUCCCAAAUAAAUACGAUUAA